UUUCGAGGUGGACCCGACGGACAGAUAUCAUCACGUGCUGAUAGCCGUGCAGGUAGAUACUUGGUGGCCUGAGGCAGAGAUCACGGGACUGAGGGGAAGGGCAGAAAGUGCUGGCAGAAAAUGCAGACCGCCAUUCGCAUCACGGGACUAACGCACGGGACAGAAGUUCCGCCUUACCACCUUAGGCAACAAGGCAAAGAGCCUGCCGGACCCGGGCGGGGCCUCUUCAUAGCCAGACAAUCAAUCAAUGCCAAUCAAUCAAUCCACAAUCAAUGGCGGCGGCGGACCCAUCCUCCCUCGUCAUUGAUGGUCGUGCUUUUAGCAUGGAACUAUCGAUUCGAGGUCGAGUCUAAGUGGACGCCAGCCUGCUGGAUGUUCCCAGUUCCUGCGCUGAUGGAGUAUUUUGUCUCCUGGGUUUUUCGAACAGUCAGAGAGAUAAGCCAAAGGGAUGAUUUGAGACUGACUUCGUACUGUACAGUCAGUCUUGGUCCUUUUGGCGACAAUUAUACCGAGUACGAGAAGCCCGUCGCCGACAUGAGCGAACAGCGUGACCGGCCAUUGUUUUAUUAAUCUGUUUGAUCUUAGCUAACAAAUGCUCCCGGGAAUCGCCGUCAUUCCUUUGGAUACAUUUUCCACGCUGGCUACUUCUUAGUCACUGACCGGCCUCACUAACUAACUAAUCGCAGACUUAUCAGUCUGCUUAAAGUUAAGGUAACUUAGAUGGUUAGUCGGAAUGUCG